AAUGCGCUAAAAUUCUGCAAAAACAGAAUUGUACCCAUUUCUCAAAUUAUUGACUUGCAAUAUUAAUAAUACAAUCGCAGGCUUCAGCCGUACCGGGUAGUAUAAGUGCCAUUGGUAAAAAAAGAUUGCUAAAUUCUGUGGAUUGAAUAAUUUUGUUGCUAUCUGUUCUUGUAUUAACAAUUUUCAAAUAAAAAGAAAAAAUUCAGAUCAUGAUCCUUACACAAUAAACACACAUUUCUGUUAAAAAUUACCAAUGCUGAAAAGGGCCUCUUCCAGGGAGAACACUUCCUUGUUGAACAUGGUUAUCACUUUAUGUUUUGCUUUAUUUCUUACAUAUCCGUAAAUUUCUUUGAAAGUAGUCUACUGAUAUACUUUGAGACAUAUUAUAGAUUAAAAAGUAUUUUCCUGUCAUUGUAAAAGUAAGUUCCAGUAUAAUCAUAGCUUGUAAAUGGACUUUGUGACCGCUCUAGAAGCCAUAUUCUUCAAUCCAUCUUGAUGAAAGUUGCUAAAAAUAUUUGUCUUGAUCUGUGAGCUCAGUUCAAAACUUGAUCAUGUGUGGAUAGCUGAGUGAUUCAGGACCAUUAUGGUCAUCUUUUUGUAUCAUGUCAUCAAUCUUAUAUUGACUAACAAACUUUUCUUUUUCUUCUAGUAUCAACUUGAGCCAUCUGAAAACAUUUUGAAGAAAUUCUUUGUGACAAUUUAUUUUUGUACAUUAUAUUUAUUGUGUUAUAUAUUGUGACUGAAAAAACUGAUAGUGACAGAUUAAUAUAGUGAAAUUAGUGAUUAAACAAACUGAUAGUGACAGUAAUUCUAGUGUUGGAGGAGGUGACCUGUUUGUGGACUUCAAGUGUUUGAUUGAGAGAGCAUAAGAUAGAGGACUUUCAGGAGUGAGGAUGCCAAAAUUAAGGAAGAAGUCCUGUAGCCAAGCCAGGAAGGCUAAAACUGCUCGAAUGAGAGAUAAAAGAGAAGCAGAUAGUGGGAUUGACAUGGGUGUUAGGUAAAUGAACACCAACAUGUUUUGAAAACUAUUAAGUCCUUACAGUUGUAUGUUAGCUUUAUUUCACUUAUGGCAAAAUUACUUCAACAAUUUAGUCUGAACUUUAUUACUCACUUUGAGAGUUACAAGUGUUGUGUAAUUUUGUUGGAAUGUACAAGUGUUGUGUAAUUUUGUUGGAAUGCCAAGAUGUUAAUGUUGUUAAUUUAUGAUUGCAGCACCCUGUCACCAUUUGAAAAGAUAAUUAUACCUUUGCAAAAACAUCUUGAACAAACAGCUAUAGGGAAAGGGGUGGGUUAUUUCAUUGAAGGCUGUAGUUUAAAAUUAAGCUGUGUCCUGUUCUUUGUUUUUCAUUGUAAAGCAAUUUGAGUCAGACAGAGAAGUCUUUCUCAAAAUGCAUCUUUUUUUUACAUUUUCAGGUCUAUGGUUGAGUUGAAUGGUUCUGAGAAGAGUGGUGUCAAUCCUGAUGCAGCUACACCAGAUGAGGGUCGGGAUGACCCUACAGGUCCACUGUGGCCUGUGCCUAAUGUCGCGUCUGCGUCUGGGCCAUCUGGUAUGGGUACAGAUAGGCUCUUUGGUCUAUCUGUGCAGGGCACUGGAAAGCAGAUGGGGGUCGAUGCCUGCCUCUCUGAGCCCUCUGGGCCAUCUGCGCUGGAACUUGCAUUGAUUGAUAUUGAUUUUGAGCAGGGCACUGGAAAGCAGAUGGGGGUCGAUGCCCACCUCUCUGAGCCCUCUGGGCCAUCUGCGCUGAAUCAUAGAUUGAUUGAUACUGAUUAUAAACUUGAUGAUUUGAUUGAUGAUUUGCUUGAUGACUUGCUAAAUGAUUUACUGAAUGAUUUGCCAACUGAUAUGCUUGAUGAUUUAACAAGCUGUAUGCAAAAUAUUUCUAGUGGCAUACCAAGUGACUUGCAUUGUGAAACCAGAAAGGAAACUGAUAAAACUCUCCAGUUUGAUUGUACUAUGUUUACAUCUGAAAUAGAAUCAUCUGUUUUCUCUGUUUGUGAACCGUCAUAUGUUGCUGCACCAGUUUUCAAUAUACUCUCAAGACCAGCAGGUUCUGAUGUAUUUAUCCUGGGCUCAUUUCAUCAAGGUGAAAAUAUUUUCAGUGUAGAGUCACGUGGCAGGCAGUGCACAUUAAAUGCUAUGUGUUCCUUGAUUCAUGCUAAUUAUUCAAGGUUGAAUUGCAGCAAAGACUUGGAUAAUGUUCUUUUAGAUGGGGAUUCAUUAUAUAAGAAAACUGUCCAAGAGCUCCAAAGAACAAACAGAUUUAGGAAUUUCCUGUUAAAUUUUGAUGAACUUCCAGUCAAUAUUAUUAUCAUGAAUAAACAGAUUUCUGUUACCAAGUUAGAGGUCAUCUCUGGUGUUUGCACACAGCAGUUUGCUACAAUGAGUUUGCCUUCUCUUUAUCAGUCAUUGGAUACUGCAUUUACCAAGUCCUCUUACUUGCUACUUAUGAUGGGAUCAGUUUGUUCAGCUGUGUUUAAGAAGGAAGACCAAUAUUUCUUUUUUGAUUCACAUUCACAUGGUUUAACUGGGUUGUCCUCAGAAAAUGGAACAUCAAUACUUAUUUCGUUUCAUCAGUUACAAGAUCUUGUUACAUACAUGUAUGCCUUGUAUGACAGUAUGUUGAUCGACAUAACACAGCAAUUUGACUUAUUGCCUGUACGUUUUGCCAAUGUUUAUUGUGAACCAACAAUGUGUUUAAGUGAACAGAAUGUUGAAUCAGUCAGUGUUGUUGCUGGCACUCCUGGCUUAAAUGAAUGGAAAACUGUGACAAAUAAGAGGAAAAAGAAGUCUCCUAGUCAUCAUAGUACUGCUUGUGAAAAAGAAACAUUGCCACAAGAUUCAAACUGUGAUCCUGAUGUAACACUCAUAGGCAAGUACUUCAAAGAUCAAAUGCAAAGAAGUAAAUUAAAGGAAACAAAAAAGCAAAAGAUGCCUUCAAGAACAAUUUACAUGAGAACUUAUAUGCAGAAGAAAAGACAAAGUGAUGAAUUUAAAAAUAAAGAUAAAGAGUACACUCUUCAAUCAAAACGCAAUGCCAGACAGUCUGAAGAAUAUCAGAAGAAAGAUAGACAGCGCUCGCUUCAAUCAAAGCGCAAUGCCAGACAGUCUGAAGAAUAUCAGAAGAAAGAUAGACAGCGCUCGCUUCAAUCAAAGCGCAAUGCCAGACAGUCUGAAGAAUAUCAGAAGAAAGAUAGACAGCGCACGCUUCAAUCAAUGCGCAAUUCCAGACAGUCUGAAGAAUAUCAGAAUAAAGAUAGACAGCGCUCGCUUCUGUCAAAGCGCAAUGCCAGACAGUCUGAAGAAUAUCAGAAGAAAGAUAGACAGCGCUCGCUUCAAUCAAUGCGCAAUGCCAGACAGUCUGAAGAAUUCAGAGAGAAAGAGAAAGAAAAUGAGAAGAUGUUGAAAAGAAGGGCGAGAUUAGUUAAAGAAUUUAAGCUUUGGGAAGCAAAGCAAAGAAGAGAGAAACGAACAAGUGAUGACAUUAAACAAAGAGAACUUGAAAUACAAAAUAAGUCAAAGAGAAAAUCAAGAUCAAAUCCAUAUAAUUUGGAAAGAGAAAGAAUUGCAAAACAGCAAUGGAGAUUAGAUGCAAAGCUUAAAGAUGCUGAAAAGGUUAUGGAUAAUAAAAGGAAAGUUUUAAAGAGAAAAGAUACUUCAUUCUCUGAAGCUGAAUGCUUGCAAAAAAAGAGAAGACGGUGCAGACAAGAUAUUGACACUUGUAUUGAUCGUUUUCAAGAAAGAAUAUCACUUGGGCCUGUAUAUAUAUGCAGUUGCUGUCAUCAAACAUGGUUCAAACACAGUGUAACAGAAGUAAAGUAUUUAAUUUGCAAGGAGAAAGAAAAAUUUGUAACAGGGGUGAUAUCAGUCGAUAACAAGGAAUGGGUUUGUAGAACAUGUAAAUCUAGCAUAAACAGUGGUAAAGUACCGAAAUUGUCUGUUUUAAAUGGGAUGAAGUGGCCAGUUAAGCCAAAGGAGUUGGAACUUUUCUCAUUAGAAGAGCGUUUAAUUGCUUUACGUAUACCAUUUGUGCAAUUAAGAGAACUCCCAAGAGGUCGUCAGUUGUCAAUUAAAGGAAAUGUUGUAAACGUACCAGUUGAUAUUCAACCUGUUGUAAAUGCAUUACCAAGACCUUUUGAUGAAAAUGUUACGGUACCAGUAAAACUGAAGAAAAAAAUGUCUUUCAAGUCAUGUGCUUUUUCUGAAAAUGUAAGACCCCACAAAGUACUUGUUGCUUUACAUUGGUUAAUGAAAAACAGUGAUCUUUAUAAAAAUGCUAAUGUUGAAAUUGAUGAGCAUUGGAUCGAAAGCGUAACAGCAAACACUAAUGAAAUUUUGAAUGAAUUCUUGGAGUCUCAAGUGGAAAGUUUAAAGAAUACCAGUUAUGAAGACUUUGACUCUUGUAUGGCUGACCUUCUGGAGGAGUAUAAAAACAACCAAAAUUACAACACUUUAUUGCGAUCCUGUUUUCAAACAUUAAUAAAUCAUGCAUCAAAUUUUGACGUCAAGGACUUUGAAAAUGUUUCUGGUGAAAUUCUUGACCAUUAUACAUGUGAAUAA